AUGGCUACCGCAACUGAAGGCCCUUACACCUCGUCUCUGCCGCCAGAUCGGCCUCGCGAUCGUCUCGUCUCUCGAACUAUCCCCCUUGCUCGCUCUUCUGCCGUCAUGACGUCCUCUUCUGGCGACGCCAUGGACGUUUCGCCUUCUCACACGCCGCCUGCCAGCAACACAUCUCCUCCAGCCCACAACGACUACGAUUCCAAGUCAAACGGCCGCUCCAACAACUCGCCUCCUCGAGACGGCCCUUCCUCUUCUUCUGCAUCCAUGGCUGCUCCUCCGCCCUCCGCCGCCGGCGCCGCCCAGCAGCCCAAGAUCGUCCAGACAGCCUUCAUCCACAAGCUCUACAAUAUGCUUGAGGAUUCCCAGAUUCAACAUUUAAUAUCAUGGUCCUCCACCGCCGAAAGCUUCGUCAUGUCGCCCACUGCCGACUUUUCCAAGGUUCUCUCCCAAUACUUCAAGCACACCAAUAUCUCAUCAUUUGUGCGACAAUUGAACAUGUAUGGAUUUCACAAAGAACGAGACGUUUUCCACACUGGGAAUCCCGACACCACCCUCUGGGAGUUCAAACACGGCAAUGGCAAUUUUAAACGUGGCGACAUUGCCGGCUUGCGCGAAAUUAAGCGUCGCGCCAGCAAGCAGCUCGUCCCCAAGGAAAACACCUAUGUCAAGGCCAGUCCUUCUCAGCCAGGCACGCCAGCCGAGCCUGUCCAGUUGCCGCCCGAGGGUACCGACGCCAGGCUUGCGCAUCUAGAGCACAGUCUCUAUGACCUGGGCACCCGGCUACACAGAAGCGAGGAGCAGUCGCACUACAUGCAGCUUCGCAAUCAAGCGGCACUCGACACAGUAUCCCGGCUCUUGCAGUUUAACCAAGAGUUGUCGCGCAUGCUGUUAACCUUGACCCCAGUCGACAGUCCCACGCACCGCGAUGUGGUGGCGUUACAAACUGAAAUGCAACGGCAGGCCGAAUUCGUGCGCACAUUUGAAGAACCCUCGGAGCCGCCUUAUCCCGCAGGCAGAUCUUAUCUUGGAAAUGUUGACAAUGCCCCGGUUUCGCCGAGACAACUCCCACAAGACGACGGCCGUCGCGCCGCACCCGGCAUUGCCCAAAUGCGCCCUCAGCCAUCCUAUCGCCCAUUGGUGUCGUCCAAUCUUACUUCUGGCAGCCGCCGAUUUGGAUCCAUCGGGGGUACCAGUCCGAAUCAGUCUUCACCGCUUCGCAAUGCAGCGCCCGCACCACCGCCCGCCCCCCAUUUGCUCUCCGCAAAUGAGCCGCCUGGCAUGGGUAUGGGCCGUCGACACACUGCCGCCGAUAUUCGAGCCCAUGGGUGGCAGGCCGGCGCACCGCCUUACCCAUCGUCAAACCCGGCGUCUGCGCCCUGGCCGUCAUCACCUAACCGAAUCCCUCCGGAAGAUCAGCGCAUCCGAGAGUCCCUAUCAACCUACUCGCUGCAGGGCGCUUCACAUGCACACCCGCGGUCUCGCCCGACAACGCCCCCUCCCCCCACGGCCAACGGCGCAACCAACGGACACGAUGCAUUUGCCGGCUGGGGCUGGAAUUCAACCAGCAGUCGUGAAGGCCGGGGUCCCUUGUUCAAGGACACAUCAGGGCCCCCUACCAGACGCGGUAGCAUGGCCCAUAUUCUCAAUCCGAGCAGUGCCGAGAACAGAUCCGACGAAGACGACGACUUGCGAGGCGACGAUGAUCGAAAACGCAAGCGCGUGCAGUAA